AUGCCCGAAAAGAAAUCAUCCUCGGAGCCCUUCCCGCUUAUCAGCACCGCCGCCGACCAGCUGCACUCAGCCCAGACCGACAAUGUCGCGCGCCAGCGACGGAGGAAGUCGAGCAGCCUCGGCGGCGACCCUAGGGGAGAUACCGGCGCCCCUGGCCUGGCCACGAGCCUGGCGCAUCUCAACGCUGCUCAUGGCGGCCAUUCACACUCCAAGGACUCCAAGGCCGGCGAUGCGACGUCCUCGAAACGCUUCUCCAAGCGCCGCAAGACCCGCAGCCUGAUGCGCAAGGCCAAGCGCUUUGCCCUCAAGCAUACCUGGGUGCUGCCCCUCAUCAUCCUCUUUGGCUUCCUGAGCCUCUACGCCAUCAACCCGACCGAGUUGAAUCCGAUCCACCGCUUCAUCUUCCUGUCCUACGAACUGCCUAUCCCCGCUGGCUCCGCGCCUGGCACCCUCCCCCAGUAUGGCAAGGGCCCCUGGGACGUCGCCUUUGUGACCUUCUAUAUCGUCGUGCUCUCCUUCACCCGCGAGUUCAUCAUGCAGGAGAUGCUCCGCCCGCUAGCACACUACGCCGGCAUCAAGUCCCGCGGCAAGCAGGCACGGUUCAUGGAGCAGAUGUACACAGCCAUCUACUUCAUGUUCCUUGGCCCCGCUGGGAUGUAUGUCAUGAGCCGGACUCCGGUCUGGUACUUCAACACCGCCGGCAUGUACGAGGGCUUUCCCCAUAAGACGCACGAGGCCUACUUCAAGUUCUACUACCUCUUCCAGGGCGCAUACUGGGCCCAACAGGCCAUCGUGCUGGUUCUCGGCAUGGAGAAGCCCCGCAAGGACUUCAAGGAGCUGAUUCUGCACCACAUUGUCAGUCUGGCGCUGAUUGCCCUCAGCUACCGCUUCCACUUCACGUAUAUGGGUCUGGCUACCUCCAAGUCCCUCAACUACGUCGACCACUGGCUGACGCCGCCCUACUUCUUCAUCUUCAUGAACGCCUGGAUCUACCUGCGCCACUACCUCAACCUGCGCAUCAUCUGGUCGCUCUUCACCGAGUUCAAGACGGUCGGGCCCUACGAGCUCAACUGGGAGACGGAGCAGUACAAGUGCUGGAUCAGCUUCGUCAUCACCCUCGUCCUGCUCGCCUCGCUGCAGAUCCUCAACCUCAUCUGGCUCUUCUACAUCAUCCGCAUCGCCUACCGCAUGGCUUUCAUGAACAUCCAGGAGGACGACCGCAGCGACGCCGACGACACCGAGGAGGAGGAGGAGGUCGCGGCGCCGAUCGAGAAGGCGCCCCUCCUCGAGGAGAAGGCGCCCGAGGCGACCAACGGCCACGCCGUGGCCAACGGCGCUGCCAAUGCCAAUGGCAAGACGAGGGCCGCCAAUGGCUCAGCCAAGAGGAGAUAA